UUCCGGUUGAUGACAGGAGGCUGGCUCAAACGUGAUCGCGCGCGAAUAGCCCAGCAAUACUGAGGUAAACAGAAAACGGCGUUUUCGUUUCGGAUUGAUCCCCUUUAGACUCCGUUUUGAAGCGAUGGACGUGUUGGACAUGUUCUUGGAACAAACAGACUGUCGACAUUUCGAGAGAGAGGAAUAUUACCAGUACUUCACUAACUUUCCUCCAAGACAAGAGUCAGGAUGCUACAGUGAGGUGAAUGUCUUGGUUCUCAGUGAGGUUACUACCAGGUCUGUCUCUAUGAAACUGCGGCGCAACACAGUCCUGAGAAGCCGACGGCUUCGCCAGCGAGAACAUGUGAAGGACACUGAGAGCAUCUCUGUGGUGUUGAGUGACACUACUGACUCUAGCCAGUCAGACAGUGUGGAAGAAAUAAAAGACCAUGUGUCUGUCAUUCAACAUGUGAAGCGGCCAGUAAGGAAGAGUAGAGUUGAUGCAUCACGUCGAGGGAGAAAAGAAGAUGAGAGGCCGAUUUCCGUUGUGGAACCCCAACAUGAAGCGGUUCAGAAGAUCUGCUUGGCUCCUGGUUCAAUGGCUGAGGACACUCUAGAGAAACUCAGGGAGAGGGCUAAUACUUCUGCGAUUGAGUCUCAAGAAGAGCUUGAGUGUAUUUUGGACGAAUCCAGUACUGAUCUCACAGUGGAAUCGGGUCCCAGCUCACCUUGUCGUUCAGUUGAUACUGUAAGAUGCAGGGAAUGCGAGAGACUUUUUAACAAGAUGAAAAAGCAGCCAAUCCCGAUACAGAAAAGCAGAGAUACAAAUCCAGCAUCUUUAUCUUGUGAUGUUUGGGUUCUGCUUAAGAAGUGGCGUCCGCACAGACGCCGUCGUCGAGAGAAGGGGUUAUUGUGGGCAAGCCUGAGUCGGAUCAGGAAGCUGUUAGCAGGAGACUUUGAUUGUGCAGUCGUCAACAGACCUCAGACAAACUGCUCCAGACCUCAUGUGUUCCAGCAGAGGAAUCUGCGUCGCUGCAAGCAUCUGCUCUCCAUUCAGACCAACCUGUCCAUUACCAAAGCAAAGUCACGGCAUCGUAAAAGGUCGCGAUCUCUGGUCUGGCCGCCCCUUGCUGGCUGGAAAUCUUCAGUGAAAAGGAAGCCUUCAUUAAACAACACAUUAUCUCAGCAGCUUUCACCACUCGACCUUAGUGUCAGUGUGACGCAGGAGGACAAACUGCUUGUAGAUGACAAGAUUUCAAGAUUAAAUGCAGAUUUGAAGCAGACCUCAGAUGCCUCCAGCAAACAGAGGACGACUAAUGUCCGGGGCAAAUUGAACAAGCAGGAAGUGUCUGAUGGCGUAGACGGAACGCGGCGGGUGCUGAAGUUUGAUGACAUGCCUGAAACUGUUGCUGUGGAAACUGUGGAGAGGAGGAAAAGCCCUCGGCAGAAGCACAAACGUGGAGCGAUUCGUGAAGCCCAGAAUGAGCAGCAGGAAGAGAUUUCUGAGGAUUUGGAUGGGUUCAGGACGCCCACAGAUCUGUUCAGCAUGAAGCCCAAGAUUAAACGAGGAAACCAGAAGAAAGUCUCUGCCUCUGGUGUUACAAAACCUGCUGUGCAGAAGCCCAACUUCAUGUCCAUGUUAGCCACGCUGGUGAAGAAUCAGAACCAGAUUAUUAAGGAGUCCUGCAAAUGACUCUGUGGAAGUUUUGUAAUUAAUUCUGUUAGUCAUUGAAGAGACGUGCAACACUGCUGUCAAGUUUUGCAGCUUCUGUUAACUAAAUUAAUAGAUUAGAACUCUAAAAAAAAAAAGUCUGCCAUUAUUUAUUGCAGUGUUCAUUUGUUUGUCUUCUAACAUUUGCAUUUGCAUGAGUAAAUAAAUCUUGCAUUUCCUCA